CGUGAAACACAACACAAGAAGUCCACAAGAAACAAACCCUCUCUCUUUCCUUCCUUCCUUCCCUCCUUCCUUGUAGUUUGUACUUGAAAACUUUCUUUAACUUUUUGUUGCGACACCAUGUCCCUGUCAUCCUCCUUUAUCAAACAACACUGAACCCACCUCAAUAAAGAAAGUCCAUUAUACCACAUACAGACAUGACCCACCUCCACCUCCACCUCCACCAUUGAUUUGAGAAACAAAACCUACUGCUGCUGGUUUCUCUCUUUGGUAAUUCAAUUCUGCUUUAGGGUUUGUGGUACCUAAUUCCCACAAGUGAUCCAAGUUCCAAUGCUAUUCAUUUAACAAUAAAUAUUCUUUUUGUUAUUCCAAAAUCCGAGAUCAACCUCUAAUGCCUUAAGGGUGUUUGAUAAAAUGUCUAAGAGAAGUUCUUGAGGGUCUUUGCCUACACAACAACCUUAACUUCUUGAGGGUUUUUGCCGCUAACUGCUCUCUUUAGACUUUACCCACUUCUUUUACAUGGAUUCUAUGCCAGGUUUUGAAAGGCUGUAAAGCUCCAAACAGUCUUCUCUCUCCACAUCUCUUUCUGUUGAAGCCACUAUCCAACACUCUAUAUUUCAUCUACAAGCUGCUGAAGGAUUUGAAUAAUACCCCCAAACUUAUGACUUUCUGGACUCUGUUUGGGUCUUUUACGAUGUGGAAGAGUGAUUUCGAUUGAUGGAUUUCAUUUCAGAGACGUAAAGAGGAGAUAAACAGGGAAAAGACCCAAAAAGUGUUGAGUCAAAGCAUUAAAGAAAAAGUAUUUGAAAGUGAAAGUGGAUUAUGGACUGGAAUUUGAAGAUACCUUCUUGGGAUUUCACAGAAUUCGAACAAGGAACAAUUCCCAACAUUGAUUCGACUAGUGGGUCGAGUAGUUAUGGAGGGCAGGGGAUUAAAGGGAAUUUCUGUGUCGAUUUAAAGCUUGGCCAAGUAAUCGAUUCAGGAAACGAGUUGAAGUCCACAUCAAAAAUGGCGCUAUCACCUUCAGCUUCAUCCAAAAGGGCACGUCCUAUAAAUAACACGAUUCCGGCCGCCACUUGCCUCGUUGACGGCUGCAACGCCGACCUCAGUAACUGCAAAGAGUAUCAUCGCCGCCAUAAGGUCUGUGAAAUCCAUUCCAAAACCGCUCAGGUUUCCAUUAAUGGUCAAAAGCAACGAUUCUGCCAGCAAUGUAGCCGGUUUCAUUCGCUGGAGGAAUUCGAUGAAGGAAAACGAAGCUGUAGAAAGCGGCUGGAUGGACAUAAUCGCCGGAGAAGGAAGCCACAGCCUGACACCUCACGCUCGGCAAGUCUUUUCUCCGGUCACCAAGGUGCCACAAUGUUGCAAUUCUCAAGCCCACAUGUGUAUCAAACCACAUCACUCACGAAUCACCUAUGGACCACAAUGGUGAAGUCUGAAGAACAAACGUACUCGACCCGACACUCGACCAUGGCCCACAAACACAACCCGUUUCCCGAAUCAUCUUUGGGCGGCAAAAAGUUACCCGGAAAGCAACAAUUCAGCCUCUUUCAUGGUUCACAUCUUAAACUGAAUCACCAGACUUCACCUCCAAAAGUCAGUCAACAGUCACAAUCACAGACACAGCCACAGACAGUUGUUACUUUUGAAGGUAAUAGCAGCGGUAGCUAUGAAAAGCUGUUCUGUGAUGGGUAUCCACCACCGGCAGCGGCGGCUAGGGUGGUGCAACCGGUGGUGCAGUCGUCAGACUGUGCUCUCUCUCUUCUGUCAUCGUCACCUUCACAGACAUCUUGUACGACACUGAGCCAUGUGAUGCACCCGUCUAACUCGUACGGGGCUCCACCAAAUCCAAUGGAUCCGGGUGCGGGUGCGGGUUAUGGUGGUCUUGAGUCGAUUAUGGAUCCUAAUGGAAAUGGGAAUGAUUGCGAUGGGAUGAUUCAGAUGGGAAUUCAUCAUCAUCAUCAUCAUCAGCAUCAACAUCAGCAUGCAUCGCCUGAUAAUGGAGCUCCCCAAACACUUCCGUUCUACUGGGAAUAAGUGUUGGUAGUUGAACAAGUGAUAUGAUAAAUUUCAAAGUGUUUGUAGUUUGUAUGAGAUUUGAUUUGAUUCGAUUUGGUUUAACAGUCACGUUUUGUAGUUGUUUGGGUUUGCGUAGAAGGUUAACAAAAUUUGUUGAUUGAACUUUAAGUUGAUGGUGAUCACUUUUAACAAAAUUUUAUUGAA